CUGUGGUGGGCUGCCGAGUGUGCUGCCUGCGCUGCGUUGUGCUGCGUUCCUCGUUUCCGCCGUUCACCGUCUCCCGCUGCCGUUGCCGCUGGUAAUUCUUGCCGGUGCCGAACGGGGGGUUUCCUAGAAUUUCGGUAUCUCACGGUACAAAUGGCUGCCGCAACCACUUCUGCCCCGGAAACGGGCACUGUCACAACCACACUGCAUCCCAACGCGAACCUUGCUGCUGUUGCUCCCAUGGGCUCGAUACCCAACGUUACUGCUUCGUACGAAACAUCACCAUCUCAACCAGCUCCGCACAAUCUCUUGACCGGUGCGCCGGGACCCACGCCCGCAUCUGCAGGAACCCCUGUACCACCAGCUGCCGGCGGAGCAUCAGCCUCGGCGGCGGCGGCGGCGGCAGCGGCGGCGGCAGCGGCAGCAUCGGCAUCACGCAGUGUAAAGAGGCCGCGUCCCGUCAAGUCAUGCACCGAGUGUCGCAAGCGCAAGUUGAGAUGUGACCGCAACCUGCCAUGCUCGCAGUGUCAAAAGUCACACCGCAACUGCAAGUAUGCCGCCGAACACGACUCUUCGAUGCUCUCAGAUGGCUCGGAUGCCGAGAUGGGCGAUGUGCAGCGUCCCCCAAAACGGAGCUGCCUACCUACAAACGCAACAUCGGGACCACCAACGGCCGAGUCGUCUAUUGUGCCCUUGCGCAACGGAGAAACAACUGGUCACACUGCUUUGGAGGAACUCACUUUACGAUUGGACCGCUUGGAGAAACAGUUUAUGAUCAGGAGCCCUGCAGGCACGGAAUUCAGCGGAACUGGUCAGCGUUUGCCGCUUUCGCCAGAAACAAUUCGUGGGCUGACGGUCAAGAGAGGCGCCUUACGGACUCGAUUUUUUGGCCAAAACAGCGUGCGCGUCUUGCUGAACCUGUUUGACGAGGCCAAGGAUUUCAUGGCAAACCAGUCCAAGAUCGAUGGUAUCCGAGACACCAUGUAUGGUCUGCAGAUACUUCACAAGAGGAUCCAGGAGGAGUACCGGAAGUCGCUGUCCCCGAUAUCCGUCUUUGCCGAUUCGGUUAUUCCAGUCCAGAAGCGUAUGCAGGAUAUUCUUCCGAAGAAGUCGGUAUGUGACAGGCUCCUGGCGUCUUACAUUGACACGUCCGAGACCAUCUACCGAAUGAUACAUGUUCCCACCUUCAAAGAACAGCACGAAUUGUUCUGGGAGGGCAAACUACAGGGAGACACAUUCCUUCCCCAGCUUCUAACUGUGCUGUCCAUCGGCUCGAGGUUCGAAACUAAAUCAAAGGGGCUAGGCCAUGAGCGCGUCGAGGGGGUCCAUAUACCCACAGCAUGCGCACUGGUCAGGUCGUGGCUGGAUGGUUUGAAGGGCAAACAGCUGGUUGAUUUGACUACCUUGCAGACCGAGAUUCUCUUGGUUCACGCCCAGCGGAUGACCACGCCCAGGCCGCAGGACUCGUGGGCUCAACUAGGUUAUAUCGUGCGCAUGGCCAUGGGCAUGGGCAUGCACCGAGACCCAUCGGAAUUCGAACCUCGAGUGCCCGUUUUCAUUGGUGAGCUACGGAGGAGGCUGUGGUUUACUAUACUGGAUAUGGAUUUACAUCUAUCGCUCGCAUGCAACCUGUCCUGUCUCGUGCGCGAUGGAGACUUCACCUGCCGACCACCGCGGAAUCUCGACGACAGCGAUCUCUUCUUCGACAUGAAGGAGCUUCCGCCAAGCAAACCUAUCGACCAGCUUACCGAUAACCAGAUGCAGGUGUAUGCUGCUAUGACUUUGGGAGCUCGGAUGCAGGUUGCGCAACUGAUCAACCGUUUGGAUUCGAUUCGAGAUUACAGCGAAGUCAUCGAUGUUGGGACGAAGCUCGACCGGUUCCUGGAGGACAUCCACUACCUGUUCCCGCGCCACGGCAUAUUGAACGAAGUCGAGAAGAGCAAGCAGUGGAGGUCUAGGGUCGUUCUCGACAUGCACGUUCGACGGCCGCUGCUGGCCCUUUACCGCCCGUUCGCCCUGGGUUUGCCAGAUGCGCCGUCCCAGAUAUCGAGGGCUUACUUGCGGUCGUCAAUGGUCAUUAUGCGAUACCUCGACGAACUCGACCCGCUUCUCAGUCAUUUCCAAGAUGUCAGCGACAUGUACCACAUGGUACUGAAGAAAGAUAUCUUGCAGGCAGCCUUCAGCGUGUGCUUUUACAUCAAGGUAGCGACCGAAUCACACAUCAAUGGGAAUACAUUCGGAAUAGCAUCUACCGUGGCCAUGUCUCCGGAUCCAAUGGACGAUGGGGUAACCUUCAGCACCGAAACGUUUGCGCUCUGGUCGCCGUCUCGCUUGGUUAAGACGGUUGAGAAAACACUCAACUUACUGGUACGCAACGUCAACGGAAACGAUGUCAAGGAUAUUGUCGCGCUCGCCGUGGUCCUGGCCUCGGUGCAGUCCACAAACCAAGAACAGAAGUUGCAGGACAUUCGACGCAGUCUUCAAGCCGUAUUAGACGCUUGCCAGACUGCUACGAACACUAGCCCCGAGAAAAUGUCCCUCCCGAAUCCGGCCGACCCGAUGGAUCCCUAUAUGCAGACGAGAGCACCAUUCAUGUUUCAUGCAAAUGCUUCGGCGGCUGCGACUCCGGAUGAUUACGCGGACUGGGACUUGGACUACUGGAAUCCGAUGAUACCAGGCCCUUCCUAA